AUGGAUUAUGAGCCUGGAGGAGAUCUACUCUCAUUCUUAAACAGAUACGAGGAUCAACUGGAUGAAAGCACAGUACAGUUUUAUCUAUCAGAAUUAGUUUUGGCCAUUCACAGUGUUCAUCAAAUGGGUUAUGUCCAUCGAGACGUUAAGCCAGAGAAUAUCCUCAUUGACAGAACAGGGCAUAUCAAGCUGGUUGAUUUUGGUUCUGCUGCCAGAAUGACAGUGGAUAGAAUGGUGGAUGCCAAGGUGCCCGUUGGCACUCCUGACUAUAUGGCCCCAGAAGUGCUUGCAGCUUUGAACAACAACAACAACAAAGCUUCCUAUGGAUCAGAAUGUGACUGGUGGUCUCUAGGGGUAGUUGCUUAUGAAAUGAUCUACGGAAGAUCACCAUUUACUGAAGGGACCUCAACUAAAACUUUCAACAACAUCAUGAAUUUUCAGAGGUUCCUGAAAUUCCCAGAGGAUGUAAAGGUCAGCAACGAAUUUCUCGAUCUGCUGCAGAGUUUACUGUGUGGGCAGAAAGAAAGAUUGGAUUAUGAAGGUCUCUGCUGUCAUCCGUUCUUUUCUAAUGUUGACUGGAAUGCCAUCCAUAACUCUCUUCCUCCCUUCGUGCCUACUGUCAAGUGUGAAGAUGAUACCUCAAAUUUUGAUGCCCCGGAGAAGAAUUCCAGCAUUGCUUCCUCUCUGUGCCAGCUGAGCCCUGCAGGUUUCUCAGGGGAAGGUUUGCCGUUCGUGGGGUUCUCCUUCAUCAAGGCACUGGCGGUCCUCCGAUUGGAGUCUGCUUUGGGUUUGGAUUCUCCCGCUAAGAUUAACUCCAUGGAAAAGAAACUCCUCUUUAAGAGCAAAGAGCUGCAAGACACCCAGGAUAAGUGUCACAAGAUGGAGCAGGAAAUGACGCGCUUGCACCGCAGAGUGUCAGAGGUGGAGGCUGUACUUAGCCAAAAGGAGGUGGAACUGAAAGCCUCCGAGACCCAGCGAUCUCUCCUUGAACAGGACCUGGCUACCUACAUCACAGAAUGCAGUAGCUUAAAACGAAGUCUGGAGCAGGCUCGGAUGGAAGUUUCUCAGGAGGAUGACAAGGCACUGCAGCUCCUUCAUGAUAUAAGAGAACAAAGUCGGAAGUUGCAGGAAAUCAAGGAACAGGAGUAUCAAGCUCAAGUGGAAGAAAUGAGACUGAUGAUGAAUCAGCUAGAAGAGGAUCUUAUUUCUGCUCGCAGACGUAGUGAUCUUUAUGAAUCUGAAUUGAGAGAGUCUCGACUGGCUGCAGAAGAAUUCAAGCGAAAGGCCACUGAAUGUCAUAACAGGCUCCAGAAAGUAGUUAAGGUUAAAGAUCAAGGAAAAACAGAAGUAGGAGAGCUGUAUUCCAAGUUGGAGAAGAUCAAUGCAGAACAACAGGUCAAAAUUCAGGAGCUACAAGAGAAGCUGACAAAGGCUAUGAAGGCCAGCUCGGAAGCCACUGAAUUGCUUCAGAACAUACGCCAAGCGAAAGAGAGAGCAGAGAAGGAGUUAGAGAAAUUGCAAAACCGGGAGGACUCCAAUGAAAGCAUGAAAAAGAAAUUGCUGGAAGCAGAGGAAAGACGCCAUUCUCUAGAGAACCAAGUGAAGCGGCUGGAGACGGUGGAACGCCGAGAGAACCGACUGAAAGAAGAUAUCCAGACAAAAUCUCAGCAAAUCCAGCAGAUGGCUGAUAAAAUUCUGGAACUGGAGGAGAAACAUCGGGAGGCCCAGCUUGCAGCCCAACACCUGGAGUUGCAUCUGAAGCAGAAAGAACAAAUGUAUGAAGAAAGGCUUAAAGUGCUUGAUAAUCAGAUGAAGAAAGAUCUUGCAGACAAAGAUGCACUUGAAAACAUGCUGAGGAAACAUGAAGAGGAAGCCCAUGAAAAGUGCAAAAUCCUUGCAGAACAGAAAGCAAUGAUCAAUGCCAUGGAUUCGAAGAUUAGGUCUCUGGAACAGAGAAUAGUGGAACUGUCUGAAGCUAAUAAGCUUGCAGCAAACAGCAGCCUGUUUACCCAGAGGAACAUGAAAGCCCAAGAAGAAAUGAUUUCUGAGCUCAGGCAGCAGAAAUUUUAUCUGGAAACUCAGGCUGGAAAAUUAGAGGCGCACAACAAUAAACUGGAGGAGCAAUUGGAAAAGAUUAGUCACCAGGACCACACCGACAAGACGCGGCUGUUGGAGUUGGAGACUAGGUUACGAGAGGUUAGCCUCGAACAUGAAGAACAAAAAUUAGAACUGAAGCGGCAGCUUACUGAAUUGCAGCUCACCCUCCAGGAGAGGGAAUCUCAGAUUUCAGGGUUGCAAGCAGCCCGUGCGGCCCUGGAAAGCCAGCUCCGGGAAGCUAAAACCGAACUAGAAGAGACCACGGCUGAAGCUGAAGAAGAGAUUCAAGCACUGACGGCACAUAGAGAUGAAAUCCAGCGUAAAUUUGAAGCCCUUCGUAAUAGCUGCACAGUAAUUACGGACCUGGAGGAGCAGCUGAAUCAGCUGACUGAGGAUAAUGCCGAGCUGAACAACCAGAAUUUCUUCCUCUCCAAGCAGUUAGAUGAAGCUUCAGGGGCAAACAAUGAGGUGGUUCAACUGCGAAGUGAAGUUGACCAUCUUCGUCGGGAGAUAACAGAGCGGGAGAUGCAGCUCACCAGUCAAAAGCAAACGAUGGAGGCCUUAAAGACCACCUGUACCAUGCUGGAAGAGCAAGUGAUGGAUCUGGAGGCACUGAAUGAUGAGCUCUUGGAGAAGGAGCGCCAGUGGGAGGCAUGGAGGAGUGUUCUGGGAGAUGAGAAGACCCAGUUUGAAUGCCGUGUUCGGGAACUCCAGAGAAUGUUAGAUACAGAGAAGCAAAGCAGGGUGCGAGCCGACCAGCGUAUCACGGAAUCCCGCCAAGUAGUAGAGCUUGCUGUUAAAGAACAUAAAGCAGAGAUCUUGGCUCUCCAGCAAGCAUUAAAGGAACAGAAGCUGAAAGCCGAGAGUCUCUCUGACAAGCUCAAUGACUUGGAGAAGAAGCACGCCAUGCUGGAGAUGAAUGCCCGGAGCUUGCAGCAGAAGCUUGAAACAGAACGUGAACUCAAACAGAGGCUUCUGGAAGAGCAAGCCAAGUUGCAGCAGCAGAUGGAUUUGCAGAAAAAUCACAUCUUUCGCCUGACUCAAGGCCUGCAAGAGGCUUUGGACAGGGCAGAUCUUUUGAAGACCGAAAGGAGCGACCUGGAAUACCAGCUGGAAAAUAUUCAGGUCCUCUAUUCCCAUGAAAAAGUGAAAAUGGAAGGCACUAUUUCCCAACAAACCAAGCUUAUUGACUUCCUACAAGCAAAGAUGGAUCAGCCAGCCAAGAAGAAAAAGGGCCUGUUUAGUCGACGGAAAGAGGACCCUUCUUUGCCCACACAGGUUCCUCUGCAGUACAAUGAGCUGAAGGUGGCGUUGGAGAAGGAGAAGGCCCGUUCAGCCGAGCUGGAGGAAGCCCUUCAGAAAACCCGCAUAGAGCUCAGAUCUGCUCGAGAGGAAGCUGCCCAUAGGAAAAUUACAGACCACCCUCACCCAUCCACACCUGCCACGGCCAGGCAGCAGAUCAUCAUGUCUGCCAUAGUUCGGUCACCAGAACAUCAGCCCACGCCCAUCAGCCUGCUUGCUCCUCCCUCCAGCCGCAGAAAGGAGUCCUCCACACCAGAGGAGUUUAAUCGGCGCCUGAAAGAACGAAUGCAUCACAAUAUUCCUCACCGCUUCAAUGUGGGUCUGAAUAUGAGAGCUACAAAAUGUGCCGUUUGUUUAGAUACGGUGCACUUUGGACGCCAGGCUUCGAAAUGUCUUGAGUGCCAGAUGAUGUGCCACCCCAAGUGUUCCGCCUGCUUGCCAGCCACUUGCGGCUUGCCGGCUGAAUACGCCACGCAUUUCUCAGAAGCCUUCUGCCGGGAUAAAUUGAACUCCCCGGGUCUGCAGCUGAAAGAACCGGGCAGCGGUUUACGGCUGGAAGGAUGGAUGAAGGUGCCCAGAAAUAAUAAACGAGGCCAGCAGGGCUGGGACAGGAAGUAUGUAGUUCUAGAAGGAACUAAAGUCCUUGUUUAUGACACAGAAACAAGAGAAGCUGGACAACGGCCCGUGGAAGAGUUUGAAUUGUGCCUUCCAGAUGGAGAUGUUACAGUCCACGGGGCUGUGGGAGCGACGGAGCUUCUAAAUACAGCAAAGACAGAUGUGCCAUAUAUAUUAAAACUGGAGUCUCAUCCCCACACCACGUGUUGGCCUGGCCGGACUCUCUAUUUACUUGCACCCACUUUUCCUGAUAAGCAGCGUUGGGUUAAUGCCCUGGAAUCCACAGUGGCAGGAGGAAGAGUUUCCAGAGAAAAAGCAGAGGCUGAUGCUAAAUUACUAGGAAAUUCUCUCCUGAAGCUGGAGGGAGAAGACCGCUUGGAUAUCAACUGCACUUUACCCUUCAGUGACCAGGUCGUCCUGGUGGGCGCGGAGGAAGGCCUUUAUGCCCUGAAUGUGUUGAAGAAUUCUUUAACGCAUGUCCCUGGGAUUGGUGCUGUCUUUCAAAUACACCUCAUCAAGGACCUGGAGAAGCUGCUUAUGAUUGCAGGAGAAGAAAGGGCGUUGUGCCUUGUUGAUGUUAAAAAAGUGAAGCAGUCCCUCGCUCAGUCCCACCUACCAGCCCAACCUGACGUCUCGCCCCAUAUUUUUGAGGCUGUGAAAGGCUGCCAUCUUUUUGCUGCUGGCAAGAUUGAGAAUGGGCUGUGCAUCUGUGCAGCCAUGCCCAGCAAAGUGGUGGUGCUGCGUUACAAUGAGAGCCUCAGCAAGUUCUGCAUCAGGAAGGAGAUUGAAACCUCAGAGCCAUGUAGCUGUAUCCAUUUCACCAAUUACAGCAUCAUCAUCGGGACAAAUAAGUUUUAUGAAAUUGAGAUGAAGCAGUAUACCCUUGAGGAAUUCCUGGAUAAGAAUGACCAUACCUUAGCAUCAGCUGUGUUUGCAUCGUCCACCAAUAGUUUCCCAAUCAAUAUCAUCCAGGUGAAUCCAACAGGGCAGAGGGAGGAAUAUCUGCUUUGUUUUCAUGAAUUUGGCAUCUUUGUAGACUCCUACGGAAGGCGCAGCCGCUCAGAUGACUUGAAAUGGAGCCGUCUGCCUUUAGCAUUUGCCUAUAGGGAACCGUAUCUGUUUGUGACCCACUUCAACUCCCUCGAGGUGAUCGAAAUUCAAGCACGUGCCUCCCUUGGCAUUCCAGCCCGAGCCCACUUGGACAUCCCAAGCCCUCGCUACCUAGGCCCAGCUAUUUCCUCUGGAGCCAUUUACCUGGCCUCUUCCUACCAGGACAAGUUGAGAGUGAUUUGCUGCAAGGGGAACUUGGUGAAAGAAUCAAACAACGAGCAUCACCGAGGGUCCUCUACCACCCGCAGCAGCCCGAACAAGAGAGGUCCACCAACGUAUAACGAGCACAUAACCAAGCGGGUAGCCUCAAGCCCGGGACCUCCAGAAGGCCCAAGCCACCCUCGCGAGCCAAGCACACCCCAUCGCUAUCGGGAAGGAAGGACGGAGCUCCGUAGGGACAAGUCUCCUGGGCGUCCCCUGGAGAGGGAGAAGUCUCCAGGACGGGUCCUGAGCACCCGCCGAGAGAGGUCCCCGGGGAGACUGUUUGAGGAGAGCAGCAGGGGACGAAUUCAAGUGGGAGGCGCCAGGACUCCCCUCUCCCAAGUCAACAAGGUCUGGGACCAAUCUUCAGUAUAAGCGACACAAGCCUCCCCCCUUGACCCUGAACUCCAGAAAGAACAAGAAAAUGUCCUGAAUUAGGUGCACUUCUGAGUUAACCACCCAUUUCCCUAACUAACAGUACUGGGCCCAAACUCAUUCUGGCAACAACAUUUAAUCCACCAGGACUAAAGUUAGUUGCAAGGAUCUGCUUGUGUUUCGGUAGAUCUUUCCUUACUACUCCUGCACUUGGGUCUCCUUUCUCUUUCUUCCACCCCAGUCCCUCGGGGGGCACUUUGUAUUACUGCUUCUUUCAAAGCAGUUCAUAGAUUUUUCUAUUUCGCUUUUACCUGCCCCGUCGAUAGUCCGAUGGGAUGGGGCUUCUGCCCAAGUCUGAAAAAAAUGUGGCUGUCAGCAUUUUGGGAAAAGCCUUGUAACCAGCAAUGGUCCGGUGUCUCUGUCUCUUACCCAGUGUCAUUCCCUUCUGCUGCACAGCUUUAGAGAAAUCCCGGGCAAUUGAGUUAAUCGGUCGCUUCCCAGAGUCUUUUCAGAGUUUACCAUUCCAAAUACAAAUUAAAACAAAAACGUAGCUGUAAGUGCAGCUCUGUAGUCUGCUGGGUUACAGGGAAGGAAUAUCAUUUUAAUGAUCCCUCAGCAUCCCUCGACCAUACAAGAAACGUGUCCGCAGGCCUCUCACCCUCUGCAUUAAAACACUCCUAGGGCAUAAACUGCCCCCGCUCACACAACGCCACCCUCACCCAGGCUUCCUGCAUGGCAAUUUCCUGCAUGCUUCCCGCACCGCCAUCAUCUCGACUGCAGCCUCCUUUUCAGUUGCUUUGCUCGAUAUUGUAUCUCGUAUUUCCCGUGUUAAAAUACCGAAGCCUUUCUAAGAUGAUGCUGCAACCAAGAACUACCAUUGUUUACUGGGGAAAGUGGCACUGAAGGAGGAAAUGUGACGGUUCUCGAUUCCACCACUGCGACGGAGCGUGACCAGGCGGGAUGGCAUCCGGGCCGGCUCAGGCAGGAUUCUGCCCAGCAGCCGAGCGCGAUGCCGGCGAACGGCCAAGCGGAGGAGACGCUGCCUUGCCCCAGUGGCGUUAGGAGCACCCAGCGCUGCCUCGAAGAAGGGACCGCUGCAGAACAGAGCGAGAGCAGGAAAGCUGUACCCGUGGCCAGAAAGAGUGAGGAAAGGUACAGGGCGGGGCACUGCCCCCCUUGCAUGGGUGAAGAAUGUGGGCAAUGAAACAGCUGUGGCUAUUUUUUGCCACGACGGCCCCGUCUUGCUUCUCAUUCUCAGCUACCGCUGAGCUCAAACAGAACUGUUUGGGGCCGUUAUUUGCUUUCGCUCUGUUUUUUUCCAAGCUGGCAAGAGCAAAUCCAGGUGCCUCUGCUGGUUCCUUUUGUCACCUCGUGCUGCCCUACGAGAGGGGCCUCCAUCUCUCUUGCUUCAUCGGUGCCCUUCGGGGGGGUGUUGUGGAUAACAGGGUGAGGCUGAUGGCAUUAUCCGGCGAUUUGUCAGGAAACGUGCGGGGAUUUCCGUCUCUGGGGGUCCUGGAAGCUAUUUAACAAUUUAAGGUCUUUGCAUCUCAUGGGGAAAACUAACAAUAAUACUAAUACUAAUAACCCCUCAUUACCUGAAAACUCGGCUUGUCGAGUCCUGAAAGUGUCUAUCUCGUGUCUUGUUUGUGAAAUGCUUCCUGCUAUAGAAUAGCUCAAAAGACUGUACAUAUUUACAAGAAACUUUAUAUUCGUAAAAAAAAAAAAAAAAAAAA